UGGAAUUGAACCCGCGCAUGGAUAUAUACUACAGCAAGAAGAUUUGAAGAGAGAAAAUAGAAGACUAAAAUGAUGGUGGAGAAGAGUCAUGCUCCUUUGUUUGAAACGAAGCCAGCCAAGAACCUCUUCAUCUUCAGAUCGUACGCAGUGUCCGUCUUCGCCGGCAUCAUCUUCAUCUUCUGCUACCGAGUUCAUCACUUGCCGGAGCCGAACACGGCCGCGAGGUGGGCUUGGCUCGGAGCUUUCUUCUCCGAGCUCUGGUUUGUUAUUUACUGGUUCGUCACAGUCGUCGUCAGAUGGAACCCCGUGCAUCGCCGCACCUUCAAGGACAGGCUUUCUCAGAGAUACGAGAAGGUUUUGCCGGGGAUAGACAUAUUUGUCUGCACGGCGGAUCCUGUGAUCGAGCCACCGACCAUGGUGAUCAACACCGUCUUAUCAGUCAUGGCGUACAAUUAUCCGCCGGACAAGAUGAGCGUCUAUCUCUCCGACGACGGCUGUUCUGACCUUACCUUCUAUGCAAUGCUUGAAGCUUCUCUGUUCUCCAAGAAAUGGCUCCCCUUCUGUAGGAAGUUUAAUGUUGAACCGAGGUCACCGGAGGCCUAUUUCAAAAGCACCGCCGCAUCUCUAGAUGAUUCUCUCAAGCGGCAGGAGUGGCUGUCGAUGAAAAACUUAUAUGAAGACAUGAAGCAACGGAUCGAAGCAAUGGCUGAGCUGGGACGUGUUACAGACGACAUGCGGGAGCAACACAAAGGAUUUCUCGAAUGGGACUCCGUCUCCAGCCGAAGAGAUCAUCAAACGAUUUUUCAAAUUCUAAUUGACGGGACAGACUCUACAGCAGUGGAUGAUGAAGGACAACCUCUUCCAACUCUCGCGUACCUAGCAAGAGAAAAGAGACCCCAAUACCAUCAUAAUUUCAAAGCAGGAGCGAUGAAUGCAUUGAUCAGGGUCUCGUCGAAGAUCAGCAACGCGCCCAUCAUCCUUAACGUGGACUGUGACAUGUACUCGAACAACUCGGACUCAGUGAGGGACGCACUUUGCUUCUUACUGGACGAAGAGAAUGGUCAUGACAUUGCUUAUGUACAGUAUCCACAGAACUUCGAUAACCUCACAGAGAACGACCUAUACAGCAGUUCCUUGGGGCUAAUCAAUCACGUGGAGUUUCAUGGACUCGACGGCAAUGGAGGCCCUAUGUACAUUGGCACCGGGUGCUUUCACCGCAGAGAUGCACUGUCCGGGAGAAAGUAUACACCGGAAGGUGAGACAGAUUCCUUGAAGAGGGAGCGCCACGACCAGAAACAAGACAGCGCACGUGUUUUAGAGGAAACAUGCAAAACACUGGCUGAUUGUGCAUAUGAAGAGAACACUGAUUGGGGAAAGGAGAUGGGCUUAAACUAUGGGUGCACGGUGGAAGACGUGCUUACUGGUUUAUCAAUGCAAUGCCGAGGUUGGAGAUCAGUCUUUUUCAAACCAGAAAGGAAUGCCUUCAUGGGAGUCGCUCCCACAACGUUGUUGCAGUCCCUAGUCCAACAUAAGCGAUGGUCCGGGGGCGAUUUCCAGAUCACCCUCUCGAGGCACUGUCCUUUCUUGUAUGGACAUGGCAAGAUCCCUCUGAAGCUUCAAAUUUGCUACUGCAACUACUUGCUGUGGGCUGCAAAUUCCUUACCGAGUCUGUUCUAUGUGACCGUCCCGUCGCUCUGUCUCCUCCGAGGCAUCUCCUUAUUCCCCAAGGUGUCGAAUCUUUGGGGUUUACCCUUCAUGUAUGUCAUCGUGGCGACUAUGGUGUACAGCGCCACCGAAUUUAUGUGGACAUGCGGAAGCACGCUACGCGGAUGGUGGAAUGACCAAAGAAUGGGCUUGUACCGGAGAACAACUUCCCAUCUCUUCGGCUUCUUGGACAACAUCCUAGGGCUGCUUGGUGUCACCAAGUCCACUUUCGUCAUCACCGAGAAAGUGGCAGGCGAUGACGUCUCAAAGAGGUACGAACAAGAGCUCAUGGAGUUCGGCACACCCUCGCCCAUGUUUAGCGUUCUAACAACCAUAGCCCUGAUCAAUGUGUCGUGCUUAAUCGGCACAAUGCUGAGGUUAGUGAUGCACGGCCAUGCUGUAGACCAGCUCGCCAUGCAGAUUGGCUGGUGCGGUUUGCUGGUCUAUAUAAACCUGCCUCUGUACAACGGGCUUUUCUCCCGAGAAGACGAGGGGAGAAUGCCCACCUCGGUCACCUACAAGUCCGCGAUAUUUGCUCUAGUAGCUUUUGCCUUAGCCUGGGUGUGAUCUACCAAGCUACUGUAACUUCAUGAAUAACUAGAUCAUUUCCUAGUACAUGAUAUUAAGUUGGAGAUAAUGAGGAUGUAUAACUCCCAUUAUUGGCAAACUCUCAGGGUCAUAUGAAUGUAUGGUUUUGGAAAGGCAACAAAACUAGGUAACCUAUACUCUUUGAGCACCCAAACUGAAGCACACAAAGU